UUGCUUCUCAAUUGAGUAGCAAUUAUCGUGUAUUAGUCUAAAUUUCCACUAUUCUGAUAAUACAAAUUCAACCUUUAACUACUACAUAUUGUUUCAUCUUACCAAUUUCAAUCGUGAUAAAUUUUAUCAAUCAUUAUAAAUUAUAAGUUCUUUUAACACAAUUUUAAUUUGAAUCAACUACAAGUUUUCAAUCUAAAUAAAAUUAACUUCAAACUUGUUAAAAACUAAUCAUAAAUCAGCCGAUCGAUUUGAUCAAUUCUGUUAUACCUUUUAUGUCUUAAGUGUAAAUUCGCAUCUCUUGUUGUUUUCAACAGUUUUGUUAAUUAGUUAACUGUUUAUUUACCAAUGACUAUUAAUUCCCAUGAGAAACUAUAUAUGAUUUAUAAAUCGUUGGUUAAUUAAUCAAUUGUGAUGUCGAUAUAAUUACUGUUGUUUAGAUGGUGACAGUUAAAAAAUUGUGAUAACUUGUUGUUGAUGUUCGAUCAUAAAAGACGUUCACAUUAUUAUUAAAUUUCUCUUACACAACAAUUGGAAUUCAUUCAGAAAAAUGGAUUUAACAACAAAAAACAAACUUCCAAAACAAAAAGAAGUAGAAGAUGAUCAUUUCAUAAAGAGAAAACGAAUUCGAUUGAUAAAAGAAACAGAAAGCGAACAAACAAAAAAUGCUCGAGACGAAGAGUUAAAAAGAUUAAAAACAAAUAUUGAUGAAAUAUUUCUUUCAAGUGACGAUGAAGAUAAUCAAAAACAAAUUGUUUCGUCGAUAAAAAAUCAUAACGAUGAUAAAGACAAUGUACCUGAUGAAAAUGGGAAUAUUCGAAUAAACGUACAUCAUGAUGACCAACCACCAAUAUAUGUCGCUGAACAUUUAACAAAGGUCUUAAAACCACAUCAAAUUGGAGGAAUUAGAUUUAUGUACGAUAAUCUCAUCGGAAAUUAUCAAAAAUUUAAUUCAGCUAAAGGUUUAGGUUGUAUAUUGGCACACAGUAUGGGAUUAGGUAAAACACUACAAGUAAUUUGUUUUGUUGAUAUUUACUUCAAAUGUACCAAAUCAAAAUCGAUAAUGAUUAUUGUACCAGUUAACGUUCUAAAUAAUUGGUUCAAAGAAUUUGAAAUAUGGUUACCAAGGAAAUCGAAACAAUACAAAAGACUUUUCGAAAUUUCCAUUGCUAAUACUGGAAAAACUAACUUAGAGAAGAUUCAAAUAAUAAAUCAUUGGAAAAUCAAAGGUGGUGUAUUAUUAAUAGGAUUUGAAUGUUUUUGUAAAAUGGUGAACGAAUCUUCACUCAGAGAAGCAUUACUAGAUCCAGGACCUGAUUUUGUAAUAUGUGAUGAAGGUCAUCGUAUAAAAAACAACGAAAGUAAAACUUGUAAGCAAUUGAAACGAAUUAGAACUCAAAGAAGACUUAUCCUUACUGGGACACCUUUACAAAAUAACCUUGUCGAAUACUGGUGUAUGGUCGAUUUCGUCCGACCACAUUUCUUGGGUACAAAAGAGGAAUUCAUAAACAAAUUCGAAAGACCAAUUACAAAUGGACAAUGUAUAAAUAGCACCGAACAUGACAAAUAUAUAAUGAAACAACAAACUCAUGUGUUAAACAAGCUUAUUCGUGGAUUCAUUCAAAGACGUAACAAUGAUUUACUUACCAAAGAUUUACCUGAUAAAUUCGAAUAUGUUAUUCCCGUGAAAUCAACAGACAUACAGAUGAAAUUAAUGAAAAAAUUUUUAAAUGUCAUGAUAACUUGUGGAAACUUUUAUAAUCCAGUUACUUUAGCUGCAAUGUUACUUAAAAUUUGGAACCAUCCAGAUAUUUAUUAUGACUGUUUCAUUUCACAAAAACUUGAACCAGAAAUUGAAUCAACAGCUAAUUCAGUCGAUUUAAAUAUCAUAAAAAAAUCAUUGAUGUCAACAAGAGACGUGUUAGAAAAUUACAAACCUGGUAUAGCAGCUAACAGUAAUAAAAUGCUUCUUUUACUAACAAUUGUUAACGAAACAGCCCAGAGAAAUGAGAAGUUGUUAGUAUUUAGCCAAUCAUUAACAACUUUAUCAGUGAUAGAAAAAUUUUUAAACAAAGAAAGUUUUAUCAAUAAGCACGGAAAAAGUAAACAUUGGAAAAAACAUGAAAAUUAUUUACGAUUAGAUGGUACAUUAUUGAAUCACAAAAAGGCUGAAGUAAUUGAUAAGUUCAACAGAUGUUCCAAAAUGGUUUUGCUGCUAAUAUCAACUAAAGCUGGUUGUCUUGGAAUAAAUCUUACUAGUGCUAAUCGAUUAAUACUAUAUGAUACCUCGUGGAAUCCAACAAAUGAUUCUCAAGCUUCGUGUCGAAUAUAUCGUUAUGGUCAAAAAAAAAUUGUUACAUAUAUCGCUUCGUCGCAUAUGAUUCAAUGGAAAAAAGAUUAUUCGAUCAACAACUAAAAAAAGAAGCCAUUGCUUCUCGAGUAAUCGAUGAAAAGAAUCCACAAUGGAAAAUGGGUACACGAGAUAUUCAUUUAUUAAUUAAUACAUUAACUACUGAUUAUAUAAUUAAUAUCACCAACGAUAAAAUUGAAAGUUAUCAUGACGAAAUUUUGAAGCUAAUUUGUCUCAAAUUUAGCAAUACACUGGUAACGGAGCCAUAUAAUUAUGGAGAACAAUUUCUUGAUGACACGAAAUCAAAUCUAACAGAAAUUCAAAAAUUACAAGCCGAAGAAAAAUUAGAAAACUCAACAAACGAUUGAAAUUUCCUGCUUAUGAGAUAAAAAACAUGGUUAAUCUCAAACAAAAUAGAGAUUUUUUUAUUUGGUCAAGAACAGAAGAAAUCAAUCGUUAUAAAUAUUGCUCGUUAAACACUCUAUUAGAGAAUCUGAAUGCUAAUGGUUAUGAAGCAAGAUUAAUUGUAAGUCCUUUUACAAUGACUCUUAACCUUUAUUCAGAUUAUACUAUAACAAUUCAAGAACAUGAAAAAAUUUUGUUAAUGAGAGCUGACCAUACGUUAACCUGUUUUAUUCGAACUACUAACCAUUUAUUAUCAACUCAUUUAUCUAUUGAUCAACUCAAAUACUUACCUCUUUUAGAAUCAAAAUAUUUUAACCGAAAACGCAAAUAUGAUCUUGUAAAAGCAAAAUUAUUAAUGAUAGAAUACAAAUAAAG